AUGAAUGUGGACGUGUUUGGAGGAUGUGGAAACGAAACGUCAAAGAACGCUUGUCCUUAUAAUUCAAAAUGUGAAAACUUUAUAAUUGAAAAUUACAAGUUUUUCCUGGCAUUUGAAAACUCACUUUGUGAUGACUACAUAACCGAGAAGGCAUAUCAGUGGUUUAGCAAAGAUAUUGUGCUUGUAGUCCGAGGCGCCCGGAAAUACCACCGGUAUCUUCCGCAAGGAACGUACGUUGAUGCCGAGGAUUUUGAUCAUCCGUGGAAACUGGCCGUAUAUCUAGAACAACUGGCCCAAAAUGAGGAAGAGUACGUUCGAAUUUUGAAACUUAAAGACCAGUUUAAAGUUGUCAGUCAUGUUGAAAUGAUGAACGCUGGAUUUUGUGAGUUAUGCAGAAGACUAAAUGAUAUUGAGUCAUACCGUAAAUCGUACAAGGAUAUAGGGGCAUGGGAGGUAGUUCGGCGGGAGUGGAAACAUUUGGCUGGGACGGGAUGCCAAAUGUACGAACAGUUCCCACCGGAAGUGCUAGAUAAACAACGCAGGCUGGUUCCCAUGAUGAAGGACGCCAGGAAAGAGGGCAAGCGAGCAUGGAUUGCGUAUGACACCCUGUGCGUGAUCGGCAAGCAGUAG